UUUUGAAGGUUCUUGGCUCCUCCCCCUCGUUCCAGCAGAAGAAUGGUCCCUCUGUACACAAUAAGGACUCGUUCUUCCACCUAACCAGCGGAGGAAUGGAGCAGAAUAACACUGUCGACGACAGUGAUUUCCAGCGGAACCUUAUCAUUGUCCUUUCCAGUCCUCUUUCUGCCUUCAUCAUCAUCUCCAACCUCUUCAUCAUCUUUGGGAUUGUCUUCAAUCGUAAAUUACACAACACGACCAACUACUUCUUCCUUAGUUUGUUAUUUGCAGACUUCUUCACCGGCGUCGCACUACCGUGCGUCCCCCGAAUGAGAUUCAACAAGGAGUUGCGUUAUUUCCCUUGUAUGUUUGUCUUCAUUUCCCCCAACUUCUUCUUCCUGUCUUUCUUGGCCAACCUGUUGAUGGUUCACUAUGAGAAGUACCUGUGUAUCAUCUACCCUUUGCACUAUCGCAGUAUAUGGGUCCACCGUUGCGUUCCAUUCUCUUUGGUCUUGGUGUGGAUAUUACCGCUGGCCUUUGCCUGCUUGCCCAUGAUGGGUUGGAAUCAUUGGAACGAAACCAGCACCUGUUCCUACAACUACGUCUUCACGAACGCCUACAUUUACGUGGAAACCUACGGCGUUGUUAUCCCGUCUAUUCUGGCAAUGACGUUCAUCACCGUCAAACUACUUUCCGUGGCCAGGAAACAGUUGAAGGAUAUUAAGAAGCUCCACCGCUCUGUUCAGAGAGGAGCAGCCACAGAGCUGGAGCACCAGAUGGACAUGAGGUACGCCAAGUGCAUCGCCAUCGUCUCCUUGACUUUCUUGGUGUGUUGGGUCCCUUACAUCGCUUUCCUCCAAGUCUCGGUCUUGGCUAUGGAGAAAUAUGUCAUCAGCUGGUGGAUUAUGCUCACGCUCACCUGUGUCGGAAGUGGCAGUGCCGCUAUAAUCCCCAUCAUCCUUGGUCUCAGCCAUCACCAGUACACAGAACUUUGGAGGAACAUUUUCAGGACGUACUGCAGCGCGUGCUGCCAGCGCCAAAAAACGCCGUCCGGUCUCCAUGACAUGACGACCAAAGACGAGACGCUGGAGGAUGGUCUGACCGCUGUCAAGUAAAGUCUUUAUGCAAACUUGAACUCAAACGGUUUCUUGAGAACGUUGCCUGAUGAAGCCCCACUUCUUGUA